AUGACUGCUGUACAAAGAAAAUUAGGUCGACGUUAUCAAAGAUAUGUAUCGGCAAGACAAACAAUUGAAGAUAGGGAAGAUGAUCCAAAAGACAUCUGGGCACGUAUGAUCAAAAUGCCCGAUGUUGUAUCAGCUAUGGCUAUUGAUUUACAAACAAAUGAUAUUUUCCCAUUAUAUGGUCUAAAUAAUAUCGCUCGAAAUGAUUUGAAUACUUUUUGUCGUGAAUACAUUGAAAUGGCAAUAGAUUUUUCUUUGAAUAUCGAUCCAAGUGAUGAAGUUAAAAAUUUACGUAUACGAAGUCAAGAACGUGAAAUUGUUAUUGCAUAUGACGACGGAACUAUUUUUGUGAUUAUACAAUCAUUAUCAAAAGAAAAAAAUACUUUAUUACCAACGUUAUCAUUUGAGACAUGA